GCUGCUAGUGGACAAUCAAACCUACACACCCACCACCAGACAGACUCGCAUUUCUCAUUUCUUACUUCUAGUCUAAAUUAGAUAGCAGGACGUAGUGUCGGAGCUCACAAGAUCGCAGAGUAUUAGUUUGAAGCAUUAGCAUUAGUUUGACAGUGAAGCCGAGAAAAGGAGAGAAAAAAAAAUCAACAUGGAGUCCCCUCCAGAUCCAGCGAGCGACCCGGGCAACAGCGCCUCGGAGCCGGCUACCCCGGUCAGGGAAACCCCGGUAAACCUGGAGACGCUCCGGAAAGCGGACCAUCCAGCCCCGGUUCGAAAGCAGACCUGCUCAAGCACCAACAGAGGUAUCUCGGUAACAAAGAAGACACACACUUCUCAAAUCGAAAUAAUUCCCUGCAAGAUCUGUGGAGACAAAUCAUCAGGCAUCCAUUACGGCGUGAUAACAUGCGAAGGCUGUAAGGGCUUCUUCAGGAGGAGUCAGCAGAGCAAUGCAGCGUACUCCUGCCCCCGUCAGAAAAACUGCUUGAUCGACCGCACCAGCCGCAACCGCUGCCAGCACUGCAGGCUGCAGAAGUGCCUGGCAGUGGGAAUGUCACGAGAUGCGGUGAAGUUUGGCCGCAUGUCAAAGAAGCAGCGAGAUAGCCUGUACGCUGAGGUCCAGAAGCACCGGCUGCAGCAGCAGCAGCGAGACCACCAACAGCAGCCCGGAGAGGCAGAGCCGCUCACACCCAGCUACGGCCUCUCAGCCAACGGCCUAACGGAGCUACACGAUGACCUCAGCGGCUACAUGGACGGCCACACUCCUGAUGGCAGCAAGCCCGACUCGGCGGUCAGCAGCUUCUACCUAGACAUCCAGCCGUCCCCUGACCAGUCGGGCUUAGACAUCAACGGCAUCAAGCCGGAGCCCAUCUGCGACUUUGCCCCCGGCUCUGGCUUCUUUCCCUACUGCUCCUUCACCAACGGCGAGACCUCCCCCACCGUUUCCAUGGCUGAACUAGAGCACCUCGCCCAGAACAUCUCAAAGUCACACAUGGAGACAUGUCAGUACCUGAGAGAGGAGCUGCAGCAGAUGACCUGGCAGGCUUUCCUUCAGGAAGAGGUGGAGAGCUACCAGAGCAAGCCCCGGGAAGUCAUGUGGCAGCUGUGUGCUAUCAAAAUAACAGAGGCCAUUCAGUAUGUGGUGGAGUUUGCCAAGCGCAUCGACGGCUUCAUGGAGCUGUGUCAGAACGAUCAGAUAGUGCUGCUGAAAGCAGGCUCUCUGGAAGUUGUGUUUGUCAGAAUGUGCCGUGCCUUUGACUCGCAAAACAACACAGUCUAUUUCGAUGGAAAAUACGCUGGACCUGAUGUGUUCAAGUCAUUAGGCUGUGACGACUUGAUCAGCUCCGUCUUCGAGUUUGGGAAAAACUUGUGUUCUAUGCACCUGUCUGAGGAUGAGAUCGCCCUGUUCUCUGCUUUUGUGUUGAUGUCUGCUGACCGAUCCUGGCUUCAGGAGAAGGUGAAAGUGGAAAAACUCCAGCAGAAGAUCCAACUGGCCCUUCAACAUGUUCUGCAGAAGAACCACAGAGAGGAUGGCAUUCUUACAAAGUUGAUAUGCAAAGUGUCGACACUGCGAGCGCUGUGCAGUAGGCAUACAGAGAAGCUCACGGCUUUCAAAGCAAUAUACCCAGACAUUGUGCGUGCCCACUUCCCCCCCUUAUAUAAGGAGCUGUUCGGAUCAGACUUUGAGCAGUCCAUGCCCGUCGAUGGGUAACGGGCGCGACCCCCUCCCCCCCUCCAGGUGCCGCCGCGCCCACUGUUUGAGGGGGAGGGGAGCUGGGGGGGACGUGGAGGCGGAAUCUGAGACACUUUACUGGUGCCCUGCACAAAACCGGAGCGGACAGAUGGCACGCUGUUCAACUUUUUUUUCCCUCUUGUUUUUUUGGGUUUUUUUUUUUUUGUUCUUUUUUUUUGCAGUUGAGGGGGGAGGGUAUUGGGGAGCUGAUUGUCAAGGUUUACUAUGUUGAAUUUAAGUCUCAGAGGAAGACGCAACAGAACCCCAGCGGGACAUGAAGAGGAGAUGGGAACAAAUGAUUUCUGUUUGGCUGAACUUGGCCUUCCUAUGCACUUUUUUGAAGAAGAAGAAAGAAAAAAAAAUUACCAGUGUUCUUUGCUUUUAUCAUGAUGUGGGAGAAAAAAGUAUAAACACUUAAAAGAUGACCACAUCAGUAUUAUCUUCCAGAUUUGCACUCCUUCAACAAGUUUUAGUAUUUUCUCAGUCAAAUCUUUGUAAUGUCUAAUUUUCAGAAUUUUAGUUGUGUAAGAAAUGUGCACACUUUGGUCAAGUUCAGCCAUUUUUUUCCUCCUUUUUGUUUCUGUUUUUGUUUAAGAAGCAGCGCUCGAAAUGAAAACUCACAGCAACUUUCUGGGAGGUUUCCGUCGGCAUGGUGAUGCAAUCGGCGCCUCUUUAAGGACAAUCGUUUAAAAAGGAAAAAAAAAAAAAGAAACCUAGAAUUCUGGUAAUUCUUAUAAAAACGCAAUGAUUUUAGCUGUCAAGGACUCCAUCCACCAUUGUUGCAUAGUGAAAAUCAUGUAAGGCCAUCUGCUAUUAAUCCUUCUCUGGACAGGUGCCCUGAAGAAGCCCGGGGCACCGACGCAAUGAAAAGGCUCCAUUCCACCUGUUUUAUAAUGUACUACAGGGUAUAUGGUCAUAAGUACUUACUAUACAGAAAAAAAAAUAAUGUUUAUAGAAUCUAUUUUAAAUAACAUUGUAUGAUAUUAGUAGUUAGACCAUUCUUAAUUGUUGAAUUGAUAAGGCACUUUUAUUUACACCUUUGUUUAAUUUAAGACUUGUAUAUUUACCUAGUGAUGUGUUGCAUGUGCACAAGAAGUACAAGCUGAAUCAUGAACACAAAGGUUACUUUUGGGAGCUACAAAUGUUUAUUUGGCCUGGAAGUGUUCGAAGGGGGGUGGUUCUGUUAGGCUGGCCAAUGCUGCUGCUGGACGCCGAUCAACGAGGCAUGGAUUAGGAGGCAAGCUAAAGACACUCCUUUAUUUAUUUAUUUAUUUCUGCAGCAGCUACAACUGCAUUCUCACCUAAAUAACAUGUUCUGAAUAUUAGUUAUCGCCUCUGAAUGCGAUUAAAUUUCGAAACCUUUUGGGUUGCAGAAGUUUGCAGAUAAAUUCUAAUUUGACAGACUUCACGGAUAUUGUAAAACUGACAUAAAUUUAUAUGUGUUUUUUGCAAUAUGGUCAAAGUGGAGAAAACGCAUUGAGAUUAUAAUCCAACUGUUCCACCUAGUGGAAAGUAAAAAUAAGACAAGCAGACAUGGCAGAGGUGCACUUACUCCCCUUAAAGCACUCCUGGAGUGCACUGCAAAUAUAAUUCGUACCCCCUGAACUUACUUUACACAACAUUUUGUCAUGUAACAAUCUUCUGAUGCAAUCGUGAAUCUAUUUUACGUGGUAAGCCAACACAACAUUCAAAUAAUUGUGAAGAGUGAGGAAAGUGUGCAAGUUUUUUAAACAAAGACUAAGAAGUGUGGUGUUCAGCUUCCUCAUCCCUCACUUGAAAUCUCAGUUGGAAUAGGUCUGCACUUUGACUGGACCAUUUUAUCACUUGGAAUAUGCUGCCCUGCUGGAUGGUUUGAAGUCUUCAGCAGCCUCUCACAUGUUUUAUUUCAGCAUUGGCCUGAAUUUAGCUCCAGCCAUCUUCCCAUUUAUUCUGGCCUGCCGUCUGCUACCCAGAAAAACAUGCCCACAGAAUUAUGUUGCCACCACCAUGCUGGGAAGGUGUGCUCAGUGUGAUGUAUAGAGUUAGUUCUGGGCAUCAAUUAGUUUUUGUAACUUUGUCUUUAGGUGUGAAAUUUGAUAGCUUUCUUUCAACAACAGCUUUUAUCCUGCCACACUUCCAUAAAGAUAAACAACUUUAGGCCUGGCCAGUCUGAUAUAAUAUGUUGUCUUCUCUAAAAAUAACAUCUAUAACCUUUGACUUAGAUUAUUUAGGCAAUUUGAUUUUAUUUCAUUGUAUUAGAAGAAAGGAAUUCGAUGCAAAAGCAUUCAGAUUAUUCUUUGUAUAAAAGUUUAAAGGGUUCACUGCAAUAUUGAUGGUCUACCACAUAAAAUGCUAAUAAAACACAUUGAAGUUGUUUUUUACUACAACCUGACAAAAACAGAGUUCCAGGGGUAUGACGCUCAGUCAAAUGUUUUGUUUUUCUUAUAUAAAAUGAGUGACUUUUUGCCUUCUUACCAUUGCCUCAGCUUGGCAGCACCUUAACAGAACACAGAAGAAAACAGCUAAGAGAAAGUGAAUAUUCAAAGCCUUGUCUGGUCGUAAAGCUUCUAUUUUUGUAACUCGUUUUGGUUUUAACAAACCCAUGAAAGAGGACGAGGGAGAAGGGAAAAAAAAGAUGUCAGGUAGCACUUAACUGUAUCCCUGCAAUAAUUAAGACUCGUUGUUGUUUGUACGAUUAGGAGAGGGAAGUAUAUUUUAAAAAAACAAACAAAACAGAAAAACGGUAGGACAAGUGCUAUUUUCAGAACGCUUUGUUGUUGUGCUUCUGUUUUUGUUGAGUGUGUCUUUCUUGUCAGUGUGGUGAUAAAAAGUGUUAAAAAAAAAACCUGAAAAAAAAAAAACCCUGGAUGUGCCAAACUGUAGUUGUUGCUUCCGCUUUCCAGUCUACUUGCUCAAAAUGUAGAAUGGAUUCUGAAGACAUUCCAGCAAUCUCGGUAGCAACUCCUUAAAUAUCUUAAAAGAAAAAAUAUCCCUUUAGAAAACCCAGCAAAGCGUGUUGAUACGUUUGUCACUAACUGUAAAACAGGAUCAAGUUUUGUUUCUUUAGUUUUCCGUUUGUACACUAUCAUUCCUCUGCAGUGCAAUUUGCACAAGACUUUAAUGCCUUGUGCUGUCACCCCUCAGGGAAGAAUAGUUUUUUGUUUUUUUUGUUUGUUUUUUUUAUUCGCCUUUCUGUUUGAGAGGACUUUUGUUUGUAUUCAUCAUGUUUAGUUGAGUGAAUAUUGUUUGUUUGUUUCAGGGACGUUUCCAUAAGAGGCGAUUAAAAUUAGAAUUUAAAAAUUAAUCACUGAGUUCACAUUUCAAGAUACAGUUGAAACCAGAUGUAUAUUUACACUUUGUUAAAAAGAUACAACCAUGUUUUUUUCUCAUUAUCUGUCUUUAUAUCAAACUAAACUGCCUGUUUUGAAAUCAAUUGCAAUUGCCCUUUUUUGUUUUCCUAAGGAUCAGAAUAAUAAGAGAGGCAUCCAGUGGUUUAAUUGAGGUUUAAUUAAAUUAAAAAUCACGUUUUUAGCCAUGACGACCUGUCUUUUAUUUUGAGAAAAGAAGGGAAGCUUAAAAGUCUCAGAAACCUCAUCCCAACUGGAAAAUACAGUAGUGGCAACGUCAUGUUGUAUUGGUGCACGCAGGACAGCUGCACUUUAAAAAUAUAGUUUCCCAUUAUGUGGAAAUAUUAAAACAUCUCAAGACAUCAGUCUUUCAAAUGGACAAUGACUUAAAGUAUGCCACUUAUUUAGUUGCAAAGUGGCUCAAGAAUAAUAGCCAACGUUUUGAGGUUGACAUCACAAAGUUCUGAUCGCUAAGCUAAAAAGGUUUUGUGUGAGCAAGGCUGCCAGCAAACCUCAUCACUUCUGUCAGGAGGAAUGGGCCGAAAUUCCAGUAAACUAUUGUGAAACGUUUAUACAAAGGAAAGGAAAAUGACCUAAGUUUUCCAUCUUCAAACCAAAUAUUAGGAACAUGUCUUUAAGGAUUUUUCUUUAACUUCUCUUUCAUUACCCUGACAUUGAACAAACGGAAAUACUUUUAGUAAUCCUAACCUAACUGACCUAAAAUAGAGUCUGGUCAGACAAUGAGAGAAAAAAAAAUGUCUUUUUUUAUAAGUAGUAUGUAAAUAUUUGGUUUUAACUGUAUGGAGCUUUCAACCAAGAAAUCAAAACAAUGAUCUUAUCACUUUUGCAAUCUACAGUUUUUCAGCACAAAACAUUUUUUUCUAUCGGAAAAGAAAAAAAGAGUUGAUUUCAGAUGGUGUCAUCAGGGUCUUUACAAAUGAUUACCCUCUUUGUUAGAAAAACCAAAAUAUUCUUAUGCAAUACUGAAUCGGUUGUGUUUGGGUUGUAGUAGAUCUGCUGUACCUGUUCUUAUGUUCCAAUUCUCUUUGGAUAUUAUGCACAAGCCCUCUAUAUGACUAGUUAACCUCAGUCUCUGAGCAAAACAGCCCCUCCCGCCCCCAGUCUGGAGCACUGCUAGACAAUCCAGGUUUGUGAAAGAUGUCUGUGGCCCCCGAUCAGAACAGCACAUAGAAAGGAUGCGGUGUGAAUGCUCAGGGAGGUGGAGUGGGAAGGCCUGAGGCUUACCUCGAUUGGCCAGGUUUUUAACGUAGCACACUGAACUUUGCAGUUCCUACUAUGGGAAAUUUUUUAUUUUUUAAAAGCGAUUUGGCUGCUUUCCUUUGAAAUGAUUUGUUUUCGACACAUUUUCUAGUUGCAUAACUACCAAGUAUUUUUCUCUCACACAGCUACGGUCUGCCACUCUCAAAGCGCAAAAAGGUGAGCCUGCUUAGUGGCUCUAUGUGAUGCAUUCUACAAAAUAUUAUGAGCAAUAUGCCUUGUGUUGAAAUUACGGGUCUCUACAUUGCAGUUAUCUGCCUUUUUUUUUAUUAAUUCUAUCCAUCCAGUAUGUUUACACUUUGUACCAAGAAGUAAUAAUAAUCCCUUCAGUUUCUUUUUCCUCUUCAUAUGUGCUUGUGUGGUUGUGAUAGGAGAAAAGAAAACAGUCAUCAAACACACUAUUACUUUGGUACAACUAUGAACUGCAGAUUAAAAUAUUAUGUCUUGUUUCAGUGGCGGUUUUUGAUAGUGGCCAUAUAAGCAGUUGCCCAGGGUGGCAUUUCAAAGGGGUCGCACAACCACUAGAUAUAAAUGUAAAUGCACUGUAUUGUAUCCCAUCCCAGAGUCUCAGUUAAGUUCUUGCAUUUUAAUUGGUGGGGUUGUGGGCACCAGAGAGAGUCAUUGGCCCAUGACACCAUGAAUGCAAGAACCGCCACUGUUCCUUUUUGCUCUUUCUCCCCUCCCCCAAGUUUAUGUGUACUAUUUAGUCUCUGUGUAGUAUACAGUAAAAAUGUGUUGUUCCUUCUGUCUCUGCUAUGUUGUCUGUUUGUAAAAAGCAAUAGUCUCUGUAUGUGUGUGUGCGUGUGUGUGUGUGUGUGUAUGUGUUUUGUUCUUACAGUGUGUGACUAAAAUAAAAAAUAAAAAAACCCAGACAAGGCUUUAAUAAUUGCAGAGGAACAGGGUUAUGUGAAUAAGGACAUUUUGGUUUUAAUUUUAAAGAAUUUAAAUAAAGGACAAAGGUUUGGAAAUGCUGAGCUGGAUCCAUCCAUAUUAAAUAUAAGUUUUUUGUUUUUUGUUUUUAUUUUUUUAAAAAUUAGAAAAAAGAGAAGCAUAACAUAACGCCUUCAGCAAUUCAGCAAUGUGCAACAAUUCUGCGGGGUUAACAAAGAGCAGUACCACAUUUCCAAAAACAUGCUUUUCCUUCUGUAUUGGUCAGGUCGGCUCAUAUUGGGGGGUAAGAGAAAAAAAUCCUUUCUUUUUUAACAAAAUGCCAGAGCUUGGAGACCUCUGUGGCCGCAGAUUGUUAAAGCUGGCGUUAUGUCACGCUCAAAAGCUGCCAGCAUGUGCUGUAGCCCAGAAUUUUGAAUCUGUCAUUGCAUUUUUAUUAAACUCAUCUUCCAAAGCACAGGUGAUAGGAAUUUUAAGAUUAAAAUUACGUUUAAGGACAAUAGCUUAAAGAGCAAAAAAAAAAAAAAGAUAAAAGACGCAACCUUUAGCCAUAAUUGAAUGUCAAGCAAUAAUAUAUGUUGGUGUAUUAUUUCUCAUUCUUUUGUGCAUCUGCAUGUAAAUACACCCUUUUAUUUAUCACAAUUCUUUUUCUUUUUUUUUUUUUUUUGUGUGUCGAUUUUUGUGGACGUCUCAUUUGUAUAUUCGAUCAGUUCGGUUCCCAGGUGGAGAACGUAGAACUUGACAUGGCCUGUAUUACUGUAUGUGUUCCUUUUUCUCACUCUCUCCCUCAUUCUUGGCUGUUUUUAUUCAUCAUAUUUAAUAUUAUUAUUCUUAUGGAUCACAUGUAUAAAGGUAGCUUUGUAACUUCUGUCUGUAUAGGUAAGAGGAAAAUACUGCUACUAAGGCCUACCCAGUGAAAAUAUUUAUCUGUUUAUCGAUUGCAUCAUAUUGUACGAUGAAGCUGUUUCUACUUUGCUUCCCUCCUUUAGGAUUAGUUUGAUAGAGAUAGGGGUGUGCUGACAUUUAUUUUGUGUUGCCCUAACGUGUGGUGCUAGGUAAGUUAAUUUUGUGAACCAAGUAUUGAUUCCUAAGCCUGGCCACCCUAUUAGUUCAAUAAUUUUAUUGCCUAUUAAUGUAUUAUUGAUAUUAGAACUCAACGAAUUAUAAUGAUGAUAAUAAAAAUGAUAGUGGUAAAAGAGAAAAAGAAGUACCCAGACAGUACCUGUAUCAGUGUGCUAGCUCUGGCAUAUUGCACUUAUUUCCUUCUGGCUUAUAGCAAAACUAGAAUCUGCUCAUUUUAAAAACUAUUUAAGGUUGCUUUUCUGGAUUUUUUGUGGAGAAAUCCUGAUUUUCAAACUGAAACAGCAGUAUUUUUUUUUUCUUUUCUCUUUCCCAAUUGUAAGAAAAACCACUCACUGAGGCUGUAGCUCGUCAGGUCUUUAAGAAGUUAACUAUUUUACCUCGUGUGUCUGCAUCGUCCCUUACUUGACGUGGGAUUGUGGUGCUCGGGUUUCUGUAUGUUUCAAUGGCCCUGAAAGGGUAUUCAGACCAGUGACAUAUAUUUUUUAUUAUUAUUAUUAUUAUUAUUACUGCCUCACAUAAAGUGUUUAAAAACCUGACAUGAAAGGAUUUGCCAUCUGAUGACAAAGUCGACAUUUUUUCUCUUCUCUGUAGCAAAAUCACUAAGAAAAUGCUCGCAAUAAUAAGCAAAGUAUCACACUGAGUGCCUCUCGGUGUAAAGAAAUGCAUACAUGGUUUUGAUUGUCCUUUUUUUAUUUUCCAAACGUGUACUGAUGUGACAAUGUAUUUUUUACAUAAGGAGAAAAUCUCACCCUCACUUGCUUAAAAAUUUUCUUUUUUUUUUUCUUCAUGUGUUUUGACAUGUUUUGGUGCAUUAUGUUGAAAGGGUUUUAUGUAUAGAUGUCAUCCCUCUCACCUUGAUUUCAGAAGGUCUUGGAAGUUUGUUUUUAUAUUGAUCUCAAAUGGUCAAUAAAAGCUUGCAGAUAAGUUAUUACCCGAAAUGAUGACUUGCACAUUUUCUUUUUUUCUUUGAUUUUUUGAUUUUUUAUUUUUUUCUAUAAUUUGACAUUUCUACUUUUUCUGCUUGUGGUGUAAUCUUUUUUCAUCACUGCAAACAGAAGAUUUGCUAAUACAUUGUAAAUUCUGUAUUAGUACGUAUUUGUAAAACAAGCGUACAGCACAUCUGGUUCCUUUUAAUGUUCUAUGUUCAUUGUGAGCUGAGUCGAUUUGGGUUAACUCCACACAUGAAGGUUGGGUGGAGCGGGGUUCGAUGUUUCUUUUCCUUGCAAAGCAAUUAAAAAAAAAACUUUAAAAAAAAAAAAAACAUUGAAAAGGCCCAAACUAGUGUGUGUUUGACACAGAUUUCUAAGUCACACAUUUGCUACUGAUCUUAAAUGGCGACGGUUGAUCAUGAACCUUUUUAUCCAGCUCUUUUGAACUCUCUUUAGCAGGUAGUCUAAUUCACAAAUGUAGUUUUGCUCCUUCUUGUCUGAUUCUUAAAUAUGAAAAUAAGUAUUUUGAUUCAUUUUGUAAAUACAUCUGUAAAGAAGAAUAAGAAAUUUAAUGUUGUCUUUUAAAUACUUUUCAUUCUAAUAUGAAUGUUGUUAUAUUGUACUUAGAAACUGUACCUUUAAUAUUACCUUUAUUAAAAGUGCAUUGGACACAUCGAUUUUAGAUGUGCUUUAUGUGCUGUUAUCCCAUAAUAAAAUUUACCGCUUGUAAUGGG